AUGGAGGAGACCAUCACAACAGACCUCUCUUUAAGAUUCACGACUACAACAUAUCCAGAACUUGAAGAAUCUAAUUAUGAUUGGUGUAAAACAGUAUCAGAGGACGUCUUGGUAAUUGCCUGUGUCUGUUCUUGCAUCUCCAUGUGUGGGCUUGUGGGGAAUGUGUGGGUCCUGUGGCUCCUGGGCUUCCGCAUGAAGCAGAACCCCUUCACUGUCUAUGUCCUGAACCUGGCCAUUGCUGACUUCCUUCUGCUCCUGAUCCUUCUUGCACAAUUUACCUUCCACUUUCUUUCAUCAGUCUAUUGUAUUGACCAUGGUGAUUUUCUCUUUACAGAUGAGAGUCUGUUCCUUCUCUUCCUGUUUUGCUAUUUUGCUGGCAUGUAUCUGCUGACAGCCAUGAGUGUGGAGCAGUGCCUGGCUGCUUUGUUCCCAGUUUGGUACCGGUGCCACCGCCCAAAGCACUGCUCAGCAAUCAUGUGUGGAGUGCUCUGGACUCUUGCUGCCCUUUUUGUCGCUUUGCUGUUUCUGAUCGAUACAUUUGGUAGUGGGUUUGACCACAUCCCAUAUGUUUUAUGCAUUGUGAACUUUCUUCUAUUCUUUUUCUUCCCACUGCUUUCCAACCUGGUCCUGUUCCUCAAACUCCGAUGUGGCUCCCAGAGACGACACCCAGGCAAACUCUAUGUUGCUGUCCUGCUCAGUGUCCUCUUUCUGGUUGGCUUAGGGAUUCCUUUCAGUGUGGAGAUUUUAAUUUCUUUUUAUCAUCCACAACAAUUUGAUAUAUCUUUUCUACUGGCCUCACUGAACAGCUCCAUCAAUCCUGUCAUUUACUUCCUGCUGGGCAGCUGCCGGCAGCGCCACUUCCAAUGCUCUUUGACAGCUGCCUUCCAAAGACUGUUUGAAGAGGGAGCCACCAGUGAGGAGAGGAGCCAGGUGCCUGGGGAUGCUGUGAUGGAGACCAGUGUCUGA